UGAUGCUUCACUUACUGACUUUUGUGAUAAUUGUUUCAAAGGAAUCACCUUACUGAGUUAGAUACAUUUUACCAYUAUAAGAUUGUCUGGAGGUGUAAGUUACAUUGGGUAACACCUGUUCCUUUUUCUUAGAACCAACMCAGAUAUACAGAUUUCUACGUACCCGGAAUCUAAUAGCACCAAUAUUUUUGCACAGAACUCUCACUUACAUGUCCCACAGAAACUCACGAACAAAUAUCAAAAGAAAAACAUUCAAAGUAGAUGACAUGUUAUCAAAAGUAGAGAAAAUGAAGGGAGAGCAAGAAUCUCACAGCUUGUCUGCUCAUUUGCAACUUACAUUUACUGGGUUCUUCCAUAAAAAUGAUAAGCCAUCACAAAACUCAGAGAAUGAACAAAAUUCUGUAACCCUGGAAGUACUGCUGGUGAAAGUUUGCCACAAGAAACGAAAGGAUGUCAGUUGUCCGAUAAGACAGGUUCCUACAGGUAAAAAGCAGGUGCCUUUAAACCCAGACCUCAGCCAAAUAAAACCAGGCAACUUCCCAUCACUUGCAGUUUCCAGCAAUGAGUUUGAACCAAGCAACAGCCAUAUGGUGAAGUCUUACUCAUUGUUAUUCAGAGUCACUCGCCCAGGAAGGAGAGAAUUUAAUGGACUGAUCAAUGGCGAAACUAAUGAAAACAUUGAUGUCAAUGAGGAGCUUCCAGCUAGAAGAAAAAGAAACUCUUCAAAUCGUGAAGAUGGAGAAAAGACAUUCGUAGCACAAAUGACUGUAUUUGAUAAAAACAGGCGCUUGCAACUUCUGGAUGGGGAAUAUGAAGUGGCCAUGCAGGAAAUGGAAGAGUGUCCCAUUAGCAAGAAAAGAGCAACAUGGGAAACGAUCCUGGAUGGGAAGAGGUUGCCUCCAUUUGAAACAUUUUCUCAGGGACCUACACUUCAGUUUACUCUUCGUUGGACAGGAGACACAAAUGAUAAGUCUACAGCUCCUAUAGCUAAGCCUCUUGCAACACGAAAUUCUGAAAGCCUCCCUCAAGAAAACAAGCCCAAUUCUGUUAAACCUGCUCAGACUAUAGCUGUGAAAGAAUCCUUGCCGACAGACCUUCAAACAAGAAAAGAGAGAGAUGUUUUAAAUGAACCUCGACAGAAGUUGCGAAUAUUUUACCAGUUCCUUUACAACAACAACACGAGGCAGCAGACCGAGGCCCGCGAUGAUCUGCACUGCCCCUGGUGCACUCUGAACUGUCGGAAACUCUAUAGUUUACUCAAACAUCUGAAACUCUGCCACAGCAGAUUUAUCUUCAAUUACGUUUAUCAUCCAAAAGGUGCUCGGAUAGAUGUGUCCAUCAAUGAGUGCUACGAUGGCUCCUACGCAGGGAACCCCCAGGACAUCCAUCGCCAGCCUGGCUUUGCCUUCAGCCGCAACGGGCCCGUCAAAAGAACCCCAAUCACACACAUACUGGUUUGCAGGCCAAAGCGCACGAAAGCGAGCAUGUCUGAGUUCCUGGAGUCUGAGGACGGAGAGGUGGAGCAGCAGCGGACGUACAGCAGCGGCCACAACCGGCUCUACUUCCACAGYGACACCUGCCUGCCCCUGCGCCCCCAGGAGAUGGAGGUGGACAGUGAGGAUGAGAAGGACCCGGAAUGGCUGCGGGAGAAAACCAUUACUCAAAUUGAAGAGUUUUCUGAUGUUAACGAAGGAGAGAAAGAAGUGAUGAAAUUAUGGAAUCUUCAUGUUAUGAAGCACGGGUUUAUUGCUGACAAUCAAAUGAAUCAUGCCUGUAUGCUGUUUGUUGAAAAUUAUGGACAAAAAAUCAUUAAGAAGAACUUGUGUCGAAACUUUAUGCUCCACYUGGUCAGCAUGCAUGACUUUAACCUCAUCAGCAUCAUGUCCAUAGACAAAGCUGUGGCCAGGCUCCGAGAGAUGCAGCAGAAGUUGGAGAAAGGAGAAUCGGCCUCCCCGACAGAUGAGGAAUCUUCUGAGGAACAAAGUGGGACAGCAAAUGGAUACAGUGAAAAUACCGCCAGAGAGAGGAUUUCAGAAGUGGAAAGCAUCUCAGGUGUCACCAAACAGAGCAAGAAGCAAAAGCUCUGAAGUCAAAAGUCAAUUGUCAUUCAACGGACAAGCAUUGAAGUGACAUUCUAGGGUGCAUGAGCUCUAUAAAGAAUUACACACAGAAUACAGAGAUUCCAAACAGGCACUGCUGGAUGGAAAUAAAUGAUUUCAACAAGGAUAUUGUUUAAACAGGGUUUUUAUUAAGUUACUUAUGCAAGUACUACAUGUAUAUUGGUUUUGGUGAUKUAAUGACAAUAUUCUAAGAGUUUGAGCAUGAAGAGCAAUAUAAAAAUCUUUUUGUAAUUUUAGUAAUUAGUGUCUUAAGAACUUUAUGGAAUUUACAUAAUUUAAGUAUAUGUAAAACCGUUUUUAUAUUAAGAUUUUUGCAUCUGUAUCUGGCUGUUUUUCCUACCAUGAAGUUGUGAAACAUUAGGGAAAGGGGAUUGGGAUACAGUUUCUGCUUUUCUUAUUUAGAAAUUCUCCAGUUAGCUUUUUGUGAAAAUAACCUCUGACUAUUUACAGUUUAACCUUAAUCCUUGUAUUUGAAAUCAUUUAUCAAUUGAUCAUAAAUUACAAAUCAAUUUUUUUUACACUAAAAAUUAUCCAAGUUGGCGAACUUAGCACUUCCUUUGUCUUGUGCCUGUUUGGAAAGAUCUUGACUUUUCACGUUCCAGACACAGUGAAGUACCACCUUGGCUUUUUGAGGUUAACCAGCAGUUUGGGUUUCGUGGAUAAUUCUGAUGUAUCGAUCGCCCAGUGUACCAUUUUAAACUUGAACAUUUUAGCUCCUUUCUAUUUUUAUUACACAUUUACACAGCUAGAAAGGAUUUGGGUGCAGCCCCUCAUGCCUGGGGUCACCCAUCCUGGGGUGCCAUGCUAAGGCCGGAGCCUCGUGCCCGUCUGCAGGCGUCGCGUCGCCCACUGUGGGUUUAGCUUUGGCUUUCGAGAUGCCACUCUUGAGGGAAAAAUGCACUGUAAAAUUGGACCAGAAAAUGUGUUGCACUUCUUAUGUAAGUAUUCUGUGAUGUAUUGUAUUCAAUACAGAUACUAAGAUGCUGACUAAACUAUAUUUGAGCAGUUUUGCACUGCUGUUAACACAUUUUAUGCAUACGUUUACAGAUUUUUUCCAAUGGAAAGUGGUUUCACUACUGGUACAGUAUCAGCACCGAAGGGUUUUAUUCCAGCAAGCACUGUGGUUGAGUGACAUCACCUCAAUUUUUUAUUAUCCUUAAAAUAUUUCAUUUUUCAUAUUCUUUAUUUAUAAAGGAACAAUGCUGCUGUAAAUACAGGUAUUUUUUGUUUUUUAUUUCAUUCCAUCACCAUGAGAUGCAGUUCCCUAUUUGUUGAAGGGGUAUAUAAGCUUUCUAAUGGUGUCUUCAGAAAUUUAUAAAAUGUAAAUACUGAUUUUGAUGGUCCUUAAGAUGUGUUUAACUGUGAGACUAUUUAACUAAUGGUGUGGAUGUGAUUCGUCAUCCAGUAUUAAGUUCUUAGUCACUGAUUUUGUGUACAAAAUAGGAAAGAGGGAAACUGCAGCUUUUCAUUACAAACUUCUUGAAUUGCCAGCUCUCUGAGUUUUAGCAAACUCUAAUUAUGCCUCUGGAUAGUACAUCAUGCAUUUCUCUCUGGCUUUAAUUUGCUAAAGCUGUGCACAUAUGUAAAAAAAUAGAUUAUUUUAGGGGAGAUGUAGUUCUAGAAUUAUUGCUUAUGUCAUUUCUUAAGCAGUUAUGCUCUUAAUGCUUAAAAGAAGGCUAGCAUUGUUUGCACAAAAAGUUGGUGAUCCCCCCAAAAAUAGUAAUAAAAUUACUUCUGUUCAGUAAACUUUGUAUGUCAUGUCAAUUUAUAAUAAAAGCUGAAAAAAUCCCCUUGUUUUCUAUUUAUAAAGAUGCCUUUUCUAUUUGUACCUUUGAAGAUGCCAUGUAAGCUGGUUAAAAACAAUUUGAACGGUACAGUAGAUGUAAAAAAAGCAAACCUUCCCCCCCAAAAAAUCCCCAAACAAGUUCAGCUGUUUAAGUGAAUCAUUGUUUUUCAUUAAAUGUUUUAUUUGAAAUCAGUUUUUUGUACAUGAAGUUCAGUAAUGCAAAAUCUGCCAUGAUGGGUGUCCAGUCAUUUCAUGUGCAGAGAUCUCAAGCAGCACCUCUAUAAACUCUCUUCUGCAUGACUYCUAAAAUUUGGAUACGUGUUCUUCCUUUGCCAGAUUGUUACAGUUCUAACUGAAGGUAUCUCCAUCAAUUUUGCAGGGUUUUAU